AUGGGAAUAAUUGGUACAAGUAAAAAUGAUUUUAUAAUAAUUUUAAGUUAUGCUAUUGAAGGUCUCUCCAAAGGUGGUUCUAUGUAUCAUGAUAAUGUUAUUUCUGGAAUUUUGUACUCAACAUUAGAUGAUUUUCUUGGUGGUAAUGAAAAAACUGGAUUUUGUAUGCUAGUGCCAUCAAUAGAAGGUAUAUCAAUGAUAUUUAUUUUACCAUAUUAUAAUAAACAGUUCAUCUACUUAAUCAGUAGAGGAAAGAUGGAUAAAUAG